AUGUCGAGCAACGAGAGCAACACGGUAUACAAGAAAAAUGCAAGAGUGCCCUGCAAUUGUGGAUGGGAAGUGAGAUUCGGGUACGGUGUCGCUGUUACCCUGGCGAUCUUCGAGGCAAAACGUUUCUUCAUGCUGAUCCUGGAGAUAUUCGCCGAAUGGCAGAUCAUUCGAUUCGCGGGUGGUUUAAGACCGGUCAUAUUCACUCUGAUAAACGUCAGCCUGGGAUUACCCACUGCUCUGAUAACCGUUCGUAGUAUACGCGCACGAAAAGUGCCACGUUGCUGCGCGGAAACGAGACGAACGUUGAAAUGCCUGCUGAUAGUAAUAGCAAUAUGCGCGAUAACGAACGCGGCAACCUUAGUCUCCAUAGGAUACCACAUAAACGUUCGACAGGACACAUUGAUCGACAUUUUCAACAGCUCGAUGCACUUGUACGUAACCGCGUCCUCUUACAAGUACUCGAUCGACGAGAUACAGUUCAUCUUUCAAUGCUGCGGCCAUUCCUCUUACGCAGAUUGGUUCCUCUUUGACUGGCAGGGCGUGGACUAUGCCUCUAGGGAGGAGAUGGCUGUGCAACGUCCGAUAUCUGAUGAAGAAUACAGAGACAGAAGUGUUCCUUUCAGCUGUUGCAAUCUACGUGCAAUGUCGCCUUGCGAGCACACGGAAAUUUUGGAGGCCGACGUUAAAACCAUAAAUACGAACGGCUGCGCUGAAAUCGUUAGUCCUGUUCUUCUGAGAAUCGUUAUCGUUGCCUACGUCAUGACCAGCACCUUGGUGAUCAUUCAAGUCUUUCUAGCAUUUUUAAUUACGAAGAUUGUAAGAAAACUUUUGUGCGGAACCUGUCGUUUCUACCAUCUGCAACCUAACUUCGUCAACGAGUCUACCAGUGCUUCUUUGGAAGCGACGAGCUCGGACACAGAGAGACGAUGCUCGAGCUCAUCCCCUUCGAACUGGGAGACCCGACCUAAGAGGACAACAAAGAGACGCGAUAAACGCAAACGGGCCGAUAAACAAGUGCCGUCGACGACGACCACGACGAAGUACGUCCGGUCUAAAAAUAAAGUGAACGCGAAAAAUGACUAUUCCACCUCGUCUCCGUUCGAUUCCUCCUCACCUUCCUCCAGUCGCGCCAGGGCGAUCUUUGGAGCAGCGAGGAUAAGACCGAGCGCUCACGAGGAACACACGAUUACAAGGAAACCGUUGCGCGACGCUUGA